UAAUUUAAUUGCAUUUAAUAAUUUAAUAGUCUUUUGCAACUUUCUGAUCAGCAUGCAUCGGACGGUUGUCAGUGGCCUAGAGAGGAAUCUGAUUCGCUGUCAUCCGUUGAUUGAAUCGCCGGCGAAGAUUAGUAAACCGCCUUAAAAGUCUUUUUCUUUCUUUCUCUCUCUCUUGCGUAGCUGAAACUCUUCUCAUCUUUCUCUUGUCUCUCUGUUUCUCUGUUUCUCUGUUUCUCUCUUCCCCUGUUCUUCUUCUCUUCGCUGUUUUGGGUUUGGAUUUCUCCAUUGGGUUCAGGUUUUCUAAGGUUGAGGUUUUUCUUGCAACUGGACGAGCUGGCGAUCGAAAACCACCACAAGAUUGGGUUUGUGAGGACAAAGCAAAAGAAAGUAAUGGUUGGCCCUGUGAUUAGAAUGGGAAAUGGAAAUGAAGAUUUGGGGCCUCCAUGGUUAACACCUCUGUUAAGGACCAGCUUCUUCAUCCCUUGUGAAAUCCAUCUUGAAUCAACCAAGAAUGAGUGUAACAUGUACUGCUUGGAUUGCAUGGGAAAUGCCCUCUGUUCUUACUGUCUCUCGCAUCAUAAAGACCAUCAUGUUGUUCAGAUUCGGAGGUCAUCAUACCAUAAUGUGAUAAGGGUAGCAGAGGUUUCCAAAUUCAUAGACAUCUCAUGUGUUCAAACAUACAUCAUAAACAGUGCCAAGAUUGUGUUUCUUAAUGAGAGGCCACAGCCAAGGCCAGGAAAGGGAGUUACCAACACUUGUGAGAUUUGUUGCCGGAGUUUAUUAGACUCUUUCCGUUUCUGUUCUCUUGGUUGCAAGCUUGGAGGGAUGAGGAAAGGUGACCCAGACCUGACCUUCAACCUACGAAGUAAUAAAUUGAGUCGUGAUUCACUGCAUGGAUCGGAAUCAGACGGUGAUUCGACACCAAAAAAACUCCGAAAAACUUCGGCAUUUGCAUUAUCUGAAGAUGAAGGUGGUAAUUUCAAUAACAGCAUUUCUCCUGGGACUCCUCCAAUCAUAAACUAUAGGACUUCAAGGAGAAAGGGUAUACCACACAGAGCUCCUUUCUGAAAUAAAUGAAAAGAAAAAUGAAGAUAGCAAAGAGAAGGUUCUGUAAAAGAAAGAAAUGUGGAUACAGUGAAUAAAUGUGGAAAGAUACCCACCAUAUUAGGCCAAAAGGCAAAGGAGAAAGCAUAGAUACAUAGACAGCAAAAAAGGAUGGAAGUCCUAGCAUUGUGCUUUUGAGCUUCCUUUUCUCUCUCUCUCUCUCUCUCUCUCUCUCUCUCUCUCUCUCUCUCUCUUAUAGUUCUUGUAGAUAUAAUGUAAUGCUAAAUGUGGAUGUGGGCAGAUCCUUGUACAUUAGUUUUGGCUGUGUAAAUGGAUGAUAUAUUUAUAUAUAUCAUAAUCUAAAUGCAUGCUCUUGUGCUUUACGUUUAUGUA